CCGGAGGAGGGCAAGUCGGCGGCAGGGCGAGGAUGGAAGUCCCCGGGACCCGGAGCUGAGCGACGGAGCGCGCGGCGGGCAGGCGCGCCGGAGGAAGGCGAGCUUCGCUGUUCCUCCGGGAGCCCAACACCGUUCCCGCCCGGCCACGAUGAUCCCUCCAAGCGGCGCCCGCGAGGACGGCGUAGAUGGGCUGCCCAAGGAGGCGGCGAGCGCGGAGCAGCCGCCCUCUCCUGCAUCCACCAGCAGCCAGGAAUCCAAGCUCCAGAAACUAAAACGAUCACUUUCUUUCAAGACCAAGAGUUUACGGAGCAAAAGUGCUGACAACUUCUUCCAGCGGACCAACAGCGACGCGAAGCUGCAAGCGGACAUGCAGGCCGAGGUCAGCCCCAGCUCCAGCCCCCUGCCUGCUCCGGGAAGCCUGGCGUCCACGCCCACCAGGGCUGGCCUGCACCCAGGCAGCGGCAAGGCUCAUGCCUUUCAGGAACACAUUUUCAAGAAGCCCACUUUCUGCGACGUCUGCAACCACAUGAUAGUGGGAACAAAUGCCAAGCACGGAUUGCGCUGCAAAGCCUGUAAGAUGAGCAUCCACCACAGGUGCACAGACGGCCUAGCACCCCAGCGGUGCAUGGGCAAGCUGCCAAAGGGGUUUCGGCGUUACUACAGCUCCCCCUUGCUCAUCCAUGAACAGUUUGGAUGCAUUAAAGAAGUUAUGCCCAUUGCCUGUGGCAAUAAGGUGGACCCUGUCUACGAGACCCUUCGCUUUGGCACUUCCCUGGCCCAGAGAACGAAGAAGGGCAGCUCUGGCAGUGGCUCUGAUUCACCUCACAGGACCUCUACUUCAGACCUUGUGGAGGUUCCUGAAGAAACCGAUGGGCCAGGAGACGGGUAUGACCUAAGGAAACGCAGCAACAGCGUGUUUACGUAUCCAGAAAAUGGCACUGACGAUUUCAAAGACCAAGCAAAGAACAUAAACCACCAGGGACCUCUUUCCAAAGACCCAUUACAGAUGAACACCUACGUUGCCUUGUACAAAUUUGUACCACAGGAAAAUGAAGACUUGGAAAUGAGGCCAGGAGACAUAAUUACUCUUCUAGAAGAUUCCAAUGAAGACUGGUGGAAAGGGAAAAUUCAAGACAGGAUCGGCUUCUUUCCAGCCAACUUUGUUCAGAGAGUACAACAAAACGAGAAGAUUUUUAGAUGUGUUAGAACCUUCAUUGGGUGUAAGGAGCAGGGGCAGAUAACACUGAAAGAGAACCAGAUCUGUGUGACUUCAGAAGAAGAACAAGAUGGCUUUAUCAGAGUGCUCAGUGGAAAGAAGAGAGGCCUUGUCCCCCUCGAUGUCCUGGAAAAUAUCUGAUUGCUGACCCCUCCUCCUUGUGCAGCAGGCCAGCUCUGCUGCAGUGCCGUCUGCUCAUCUCACUGUGUCCACCCAGAGGAGCUGUCGCACUGACCUGGCCCCCCCGGAAACAGGGAGACAAGACUGGAGGAUCUGAGACUGUGGAGCAGCAGCCACACAGCAGAGGGCCCAUCACAAAGCGCAUCCUGGCUGCUAGAGGUGGGGAUGAGGCUGAGAUUUGGCCAGCAUACCUGGGGGGCAGCAGGGCCCUAGGCCACAGCUGCCCCAGGACUCAGCUCCUUCCCUGCCCGGGUGGUGUAAGUCAACCAGCUGGAGUGCUCCAGUCUAUGGUGUGGCCCCAGCGCGAGGUUCAGUUCUGUGUAACCAAGUGUUGUUCUGGUUCCAGACCUUUGUCCCCAGUACUGCCCAAUCAGCAUCAUCAUACUUCAGACUCCAAGCAGUCAGUCUCUCUGCGGAGACUCCAGCUCCCAGCUGGUUACCAAUAGAGGUAACCAGAUCUGAGGCACAGAUAGAAGCAGCGAGGAGCAUUGGGGGUAGGGGGGACAAAAAUCCCUUAUUUAUUGAGGAUGACACAGUCCUUUCAGUUAUGAAGUCCUUUCCCAAAGGAUAGGGAGCUGGGAGAGAGAAUGUGGAGAAAAGCAUCCAUUUUCAUUUUACAGCCUCUAUAU